AUUUAAGACUAAACACUCCCUCGUAGUAGACGCUAAUGAAUGAAUAAUUACGCGUAAAUGCAAAUUCAAAUGCAUUUCCAUAUGAUUAUGAUAAUCAUUCAUCCCCUUCUAUAAUUGCAAUUCAAUAACUCUAAAAUUCAAUGCCAAAAUUUAACUCACCACUUUCCUAUGUAAAUUCGUAACCCCUCUUUCCUUUUCAUCACAACACAAACAUACUAUAAAUACACAUUCACCUGUUUCUGUUCUGUUCUGAACCCAUCUCUCUCUCUCUCUGCGCUAUGGACUACUUCACCGAUCAUGAAAUUGCUCAAGCUUCCAACUGGUUUUGCAACACUCAACCAAUAUUACAUGACGACACAAACAAAAUCACUGAGUUUUCGCCAUUUGAGGGUUUCCCUGAGUUUGAUUGGGGAAGUGAAGCAUCAUACCAAAGUAAUCACCUUUACAUCAACGAGUUCAAGGAUCUUGAAAUUUUCAACUUCGAUUUCAACCUCCCACUCUUCCAUGAAAAUUUUGAGGUUAACCAAAACCCCCUCAAUGUUGUCUUUCCUGUAUCGGAACAUUGCAACGACAAAGCUGAGAGCAGUGGCGAGUGUAGUUUUGCUGAAUCCUCAGUGAAAAUCGGAAAUGGGUUUUCGAGUUUUGUGAAGGAAGAGGAGGAGGAAUACGAGAAUCAAGAACAGAGUCCAUUGCCAUAUCCAUUUCCAUUGUCUAGUGGUAGUGCUAGUUUGAUUAAGACUAGAAAGUCUUGUUUGGAAUAUGAUGAGAUUAAGAAACAUUUUGACGUUCCGAUAACACUAGCUGCUAAGAGAUUGAACAUUGGUUUGACCCUUUUAAAGAAGAGGUGCAGAGAGCUCAAAAUCACAAGGUGGCCUCACAGAAAAUUGAAGAGUUUGACGUUACUCAUUGACAACCUUAAGGAAAUGGGAUUGGGCAACGAGGUUGCUAAGUUGGAGAAGCAGAAAAAGUUGUUGGAGAAAAUUCCAGGCAUGGAAUUGAAUGAAGAAACCAAGAAACUGAGACAGGCUUGUUUCAAAUCUAAUUACAAGAAGAGAAGAUUGAUUACCUUCCAUCAUUGAACUUCACUGUCAUUUGCAUAUUGGAAUGUUGGAUAUAACAGUAAAAAGCCUCACACAAAGAGUAUAGAGAAUGUGAAAAACUCAUUGACAUGUUACUUGUUUUUCAUGUUGUUUUGGUUUUUUCUUAUAAUUGUGGUUCCAAACGAGUAGUAGAUGUAGUAUAGAACUAUAUGCUAUAUAGAUUAGGAAACUAAUUGUGAGAUGGAGUUCAAUUGCCAAGGAUGGCAUUUUCAGCAAAUUCUUAAGUCUCUCUUAGUAUGUACAAAUACUACCUUUAAAGCAAAUAUGAACUUUUUGGAAA